UGGAAUGGGCGAGUACACCAAGCCUUACUUGGUAAAUACAUGACUCGUAAUCUCGUAUUAGAUAAAAAAAAAUCGGAUCGGGUUAGGCCUUUACACAAUUUCUCCUGCGCAAACCGAUAAAAAAGUAGCAUGCUUUUUGGACUUUUUUCAGGCCGAGAUUGGGUUUUUAAUUAGAAAUGAGCUCAAAUCCACCCUAUUUUUAGUGAAAAUUUUACCCUACACCCUAGUGUAGGGUGUGUUCCCUACACCCCCCCUAUGCUACGUCGUUUUGUAGUUGGUAUUGAGUUCUCAUGUGCAGCUUCUUUCCUUUUGCGAUUCUUUCCUUUUUUUUUUUUUUUCCUUUUUUUCUUUUUUUCUUUUCUUCCUCUUUUUUCCUUUUUUCUUUGUUUCUUAUUAUUCAAUUUAUGUAUAUAUAUGAUUUUAAACCCUAUUUUUUCUCUCUCUUCAAUUGAUCAACCUCCAUUUUUGAUCUACAUUUUUCUCUCGCUAAUUCAUCUUCUUCAUUUGAUUUUUUGAACGAACUCGUUAAUUGUUACCGAUCAUCAAUGGCGAAUUCUGCAUCUGGAGAUUGCGUUGAUUUUGAUCGUGAUUGCGAGCGUGUGUUUCCUUCUGGAGUUCGUUUGGUUGAUUCGUUUGUGCAACAAUUGGAAAAAAAUGAUGAUAUUAUGUAUUUAGAAGCAGAACAGUCUGAAUUAAAGGAUAAAGAAUUUAAAUCUGAAGAUGAAGCUUUCGAAGCGUAUAAUGAAUAUGCUUUUGAAAGGUUUUGGAAUUCGAAUUGGGAAGAGUAAGAGAAGAAGAGAUGAUUCUUUUUUUAUGAAAAGAUUUGUUUGUUGUAAUGAGGGAUUCAAAGAUAAUAAGUGUAAGAAUAAAAGGAUUUAUGAGAAGUUGGAUCAUCGAACUGGUUGUUUAGCUUUUGUGCAGUUUCAUAUUGAUCAUUUAGGGGUCUAUACAUGUACAAGACAUGAAAUGGUUCAUAAUCAUGCUAUGAUUCCUCCUGAAAAAAGGCAUUUGAUAAGGUCUCAAAGAGAUGUGAAUAAAGAGCAGCUUCUUUUCAUUUCAACAAUGAAAUUGAGUGGAGUCAAAGUUACUGAUUCUUUGAGGGUUCUAAAGAAGGAGGUUGGGGAUCUCCUAAUCUUUGUUUUACUGCUUCUGAUGCUUAUAAUGCAUUGUCAUCUGAAAAAGCUGCCCAAAUUGAAGGAUGUGAUAGUAACCAAUUGAUUAAAUAUUUUGCCAAGAGACAUGUGGAUGAGGCAGAUUUUUAUUAUGAUUUUGAACAAGAUGAUAGUGGUGCUUUAGUUAGUUUUUUUUGGCGUGAUGGUAGGAUGAUGAGAGAUUAUCAUUACUUUGGAGAUUUGUUGGUUUUUGAUACAACUUAUAGAACUAAUAAAUAUGGAAUGAUAUGUGCUCCAUUUGUUGGGAUGAACCAUCAUGGUAACAAUGUCAUGUUUGGUAUGGGUUUUAUUCUUAAUGAGCGCACCGAGUCUUUUGAUUGGUUGUUUGAUACAUUUUUGCACUCAAUGGGGAGGAAAAGUCCCAUUACAAUUAUGACUGAUCAAGCACAAGCGAUUGCAGCGGGUAUAAGAAACAUUUUUCCUUCAACUGUUCAUCAUCGUUUAUGUGUAUGGCAUCUUGAACAAAAUUCUAAGAAACACAUUGGAGCAUUGAGAGCUUUGGAAGGCUUUACAGAUUUGUUUGGAUAUCUUUUGAAGUAUUGUGAAACUCCUGCUGAAUUUGAAUAUUUCUGGAAAAGGAUGUGUGAUAAAUACAAAUGUGAAAAUGAUGAUUGGUUAUGUGAUUUGUAUAAAAUAAAGGAAAUGUGGUGUCCUGCUUAUUCUAAGAAGUAUUGGUAUGGUGGUAUAUUGUCUUCUCAACGUAGUGAAACUACUAAUAAGUCAGUUUCACAACGUCUUAAUAAGACUCAAGGUUUAUGUGAUUUUUAUCAUGUUUUUCUUGAUGUCAUUUCUGAGUGGAGAAGUAAGGAAGGUGCAAGAGAUUACAAUACUCUGAGGGGUAAUAGGCACCUAGCUUUUGCUAAUAUUGGUAUAUUAGUUCAUGCAAGAUCAUUGUACACUAUUCAAGCUUAUGUGCUUUUUGAAGAGGAGUUCAUUAGGGGGACAGCUUAUGAUCAUGUUGAUAAUGGUUUGCGUUUUCCAGAAUAUUCAUAUCUUCUUUGGAGGCCUGGGAAGGAUAUAAUUAAGCAUGAAGUUGUUUUUAAUAAGGAAACACAUGCAAUUUGUUGCACAUGCAUGCACUUUAGUGAGACUGGUUUACUUUGUUCUCAUUCUCUUCGAGCAUAUCAUUUGCAUUGUGUGCGUAAUAUUCCACAAGAGUAUAUAAUGAAACGAUGGACAAAGGCUGCCAUGUGUAGUCAUGGUAUUGAAGAACCUACUUUGAGGACAAAUGUUGUGGCUACUAGUGUUUGGAGGUCACAAACAAUCAGAAAGUUUGUUAAGUUGAUAACAAGUUGUCAGAAUUCUUUGAAUGCAAGGGCAGAGGUUGAGUGUUAUUUCAAUCUGUUAAAAGAAAAGGUUGAGAGUGUAUCAGGUGUAAUUGACUUUAGUGAAAUUGUUAAAGAGGUUGAAAUUGUUGAUCUUGAGAUCAAGAAUCUUCCAAAAGCUAGGCCUAAAGGUGAGAGGAAUGUAAGGCCUAAGAGUACCUUGGAGAAGCAGUGUAACAAGGCAAAGUGA